AUGAGAUCCUCGAUCAUUGUAGAAGCACUCAUUAUCACCCAGUCAACAAAUGAUCUGCACUGGGCGCAGAACACUAUGGAAGCUUCUUUACUACUUCAUGCUUUUCCUGGCAAAUAUUUCCCUAUCACUGACCAAAGUGAAUCCGAUGUUUUGAAGAAUUUGUGGCUAUUCAUCGAUAAAGCGUUCGAUGACACAGCAAUUAACACCCGGAGUGGUGAAAUCGAGAGUUCAGCAUCAUCAAAUCGUCGCAACUUAGGUCUGCCUCGUGGUCACCGAAAGUUACAUGGACAUAGGGCUGACCUACUGCUAAAAUGCACGGCUGGGGAGUUGGGCGCUGCGAGGCUGGUCGACAAGACGAAGGAUACCAAGGCGCCAAAGAACGACGUGAAGCAGAGUUACAUAAAAGCUUAA